GGAGGGACGUCGCCCCGGACGGCCGUAGUUGCCCGGGGCUCUCCGCUGCUGCCCGGACCUCCCCCUGUGCGUCCCGGGCCGCCGCCCGCCCCCGCCGCGGCCCCUAGCUCGCAGCCCACUCCGCGCAGCCACAGAUCAUCUUCCGAUUCUUCCCCAGGAGCUUCAAGUAGGGAUAUGUCCUCAGCACCAACUACUCCUCCAUCAGUGGAUAAAGUAGACGGAUUUUCUCGGAAGUCCGUCAGAAAAGCCAGACAGAAGAGGUCGCAAAGCUCCUCACAGUUUAGGUCUCAAGGCAAGCCCAUUGAGCUCACACCUCUGCCACUGCUGAAAGACGUUCCAACCUCAGAGCAGCCUGAACUGUUCCUAAAGAAACUUCAGCAGUGCUGUGUCAUUUUUGACUUCAUGGACACGCUAUCUGAUCUUAAAAUGAAAGAAUACAAGCGCUCCACUCUUAAUGAACUGGUGGACUACAUUACAAUAAGCAGAGGCUGUCUGACAGAGCAGACUUACCCUGAAGUAGUUAGAAUGGUAUCUUGCAAUAUAUUCAGAACUCUCCCUCCUAGUGACAGCAAUGAAUUCGACCCAGAAGAAGACGAACCUACCCUCGAGGCAUCAUGGCCCCACUUACAGCUUGUAUAUGAAUUUUUCAUAAGAUUUUUGGAAAGCCAAGAAUUCCAACCCAGCAUUGCCAAAAAAUACAUAGAUCAGAAAUUUGUAUUACAGCUUUUGGAGCUAUUUGACAGUGAAGACCCUCGAGAACGGGACUAUUUAAAAACAGUCUUGCACAGGAUUUAUGGCAAGUUUCUCGGGCUUAGAGCAUUUAUCCGAAAACAAAUUAACAAUAUUUUUCUAAGGUUUGUUUAUGAAACAGAACACUUCAAUGGUGUAGCUGAACUGCUGGAAAUAUUAGGAAGUAUUAUCAAUGGCUUCGCUCUACCACUUAAGGCAGAACACAAACAGUUCCUGGUGAAAGUGUUGCUCCCUUUACACACUGUCAGGAGUUUGUCACUCUUCCAUGCCCAGCUGGCGUAUUGUAUAGUACAGUUUCUGGAGAAAGACCCUUCCCUUACAGAACCAGUUAUUAGAGGGUUAAUGAAAUUUUGGCCUAAAACAUGCAGUCAAAAAGAGGUCAUGUUCCUCGAGCUGGAAGAAAUCUUGGAUGUGAUUGAACCGUCACAAUUUGUUAAAAUCCAAGAACCUUUGUUUAAACAAAUUGCCAAGUGUGUUUCUAGCCCCCAUUUUCAGGUGGCAGAAAGGGCACUCUAUUAUUGGAAUAAUGAAUACAUCAUGAGUUUGAUAGAAGAAAACUCUAACGUCAUCCUUCCCAUCAUGUUCUCCAGCCUUUAUAGGAUUUCAAAAGAGCAUUGGAAUCCGGCUAUUGUGGCGUUGGUAUACAACGUGUUGAAGGCAUUUAUGGAAAUGAACAGCACUAUGUUUGAUGAGCUGACAGCCACAUACAAGUCAGAUCGUCAGCGUGAGAAAAAGAAAGAAAAGGAGCGUGAAGAACUGUGGAAGAAAUUGGAAGAUCUGGAGUUAAAGAGAGGUCUUAGACGCGAUGGGAUAAUUCCAACUUAACAACAACCUGACAGCGACACGCUAACCCGUGGGUCACACGCUUGUGUAGUAGAAGGAUGGAGCAACAGUUUUCUGUAUUGUGCAACUUUACAGUAGAUUUCACAUUUGUCUCAUUAUUACAGCAGCACUGUAUAUACCUGUCUCUAAGGAAAGGAAAACAUAAGGACUUCAAAGUGUUGACAGUAGAUGGACUCUCAGAACUUUGCAUACAUAAUCAUUGUUCUAACCCUCUUUAAAAACAAACAAACAAAAGGUCUACAGAGAUCUGUUGGGGAAAUUGCUAUGUUAAAAUUCCAUUAUCAGGAGUUCCUUAUUUAUCACUAGCAGAGAGUAUGAUACAAUUUUCAAAUGUGAACAAUCUUAAAUUUAGCUUGUCUUUCUGCUAAGCUGUUAAAUGUAUUUAUAGUAAAGGAAGAAAAGAUUGUCAUUUAUAAGUUUGUAUAGCGCCCUCCUCUGGACAUGACUGUAAUGUGACAUCCUUUCCUUUUGCACAUCUUCAUGAGUCAAAAGUCCACGUGGAACAGGGCUGUGAAUCACAGAAGUCCCUGAUGAAGUUUGUCUGCUGGGUGAGCAUCUUCCCAGCAACCAGGUGUUCCUGGUACUCCUUUAGUCUUCAGAUUAGGAGUAAAAAAGAAGAGGUGAUAAGCAUGGUAGCAAAGGGAAUGUUGGGCUUCGUAUCAGAUAUGGUGAGUCCAAAUCAGUGUCUUGAAUCCUUUGAAAACAGGCAGUGGGACGCGCAGGCUUCAGCACCUGCAGCGACAGCUGCAGACGUCAGUGUGCAUCCAGACCAGAGACAAUUUAGAAAUGUCAGAGAACGUCCUUUUGGAUCCUAUGAAGUAAGAAAGACAGAGCACUAACGAUAGAACCAUGAAGCUGAGCACCAGGACUGCGCAUCCAGUUGGGAACCGAGUUGAGCAAACAGCACGAACUGUUUGGAGUUGUUGCCUUACUUUCUAAUGUGUACUUACAAAGUGUUUCAGCAAAAGAGGAUGCAGCCUCUGGGAGAAACAAAACAUGGUCCAGUGGCUUUCUGUAGAUUCUUGUUCUAUAGCUCAUCACAGCGCCAGCCCUGUUUUUAGCCAGAAAGGAUUCAGGAUCAAUAUUAUGCGUUCUGAAUUGGAUGCAUAUUCCUAACUACUGUAUUUGUUACCAAAGUGGUUCUACAAAUGCUACUGAAAAAAUCUGGAAAUUCCUAAUGUCCUGAGUAUUAAUAAUAAAGUUUAAAAAAUGCUUUUAUAUCAAAGGUGCAUCGUGACCAAAUUGUUUAAGGAAAAAAAAAAAAGGAAGCGGAGGGCUGUGUUCUAGAUGUACUUACUGGCUCUCUGCUGUGUGUUAAAGGAAGAGGCCCACGUGGGUAGGUAAGUUGCCGAUGUACAGGUGUGCUGUAUGUAUUUACCUGACGUGGUUGCAUUGCUGUGUACUGGCAAAUGUGUGUUGUGGGGUUUGUUUCCAGGAAGCUUUUGCUUGUUAGAGACGGGACAGCGUGAGCCCAUAACCCCGAACCAUCACAUCCAGCAGUGUUUAUGGCAUAGAGCCGAUUCUGUGUUCAUAUAUGUUGAGUUGUGAUCAUAGCUAACAUGAAUACACAUGAGCUGUUGUUGCUCUUAGUAGAAAUACAGUAUAAAUAUGGGCUUGUAUAUUUUCUUCCUUCCUUUAAAAUGUAAAGUAGACUAUAUAGAGCUUUGUUGUUUCCAAGGAAAAGGAGGGGAAAAACCACUGACCUAUUUCAAUUAUGAAGUAUUUCCAGAUUGUCAGUCACAAUGUGUACAUAAAAGAAAGCUAAUUAUGGAUAUUUUCAUUUAGGUCUCUUUGCUUUUUGUUUUUUAAAGGUAUGCUGACCACCAAGUCCAAGAUGGUUGAGUGGGAUGCACAGGGCUCUUAAAGAGUACCUGGAAGGUGUCAGAGAGAGCUGUGAGCUCACAUGGAUGUUAGGACGUAGACCGUAGCUCAGCCCCGUUAGCUCUGGGUUAGCCGUUUCCGUCUUCAUUACACAGAUCUUUGAUAGUAUGGACUUUGCUUACUGUGAUCCCCCUCCUGGGGAUGAAAUGUGCUCAUUUGACAUGAGAAAGGCCAGGACCUCUUUCUGCACUGUGUCCUGUCCUCAGAGCUAAGGGCAGGCAGCACUGGCACUCUUUCUGUCAGUUUUGUCUGUUGGCCAUUCUCAACUGAGAGGAAUAAAGCUAAGCUUUAGACUAUUUAAAGAUGUGAUGAGAGCUGUCUGUCGGAACUCCCAGGGCAAUCUCGGAGAAGAAACACUCAUUUUCCUUUUUAACCAAAAGUGACAAUGUGACCUCUGUCAUGUUGUGUGUGGUGAUGAGAAGCUAGCCCAGGUAACUUGAUUGUUGCACUAUGUGACAUAUUUAAGGACAUACUUGCUGCAUUUGCAGCAGCCCCCCCCCCCCCCCGUCUGACCCUCCCUGGGCAAUCCUGCUGUCACUUAAUGUGAGUUAGUUAGCUGUGGCAAACUCAGCUCUGCGUUAUAGUUUGUUUGCUUCAUAGUUUCCAGAACUAUAUAUAAAUAUAUUUUUUCAAUAGCAAAUAUUGUAGUUAGUGAGUGGUGACCACUCCAGCCUUAUCCCUACCAUAUUGGUUUUAGGGAUGGGACUAAGAGUGUCCUUGGAAUAAAAAAUUAGAAUAUAAACCUGUGAUUUAGAAUGACGCCGGCCGAGGUUGCAGGCUGCAGAUCUGUAGCAGCUGUGUGAGCGGAGUGACCGUCUUCUCUGGAUCAAGUGUCCACUCCUCGCUGUGACCAUUCCCCAGUGCUCCCUUGUCACUGCUUACUUACUGUCCACUGCAAUUUGCAUUAUAUUUUGCUCUUCCUAACAUUGACUGUUUUUUUUUUUAAAUAAAAGAACAUAAAAAAAAAUAAAUGAAUAAUCCCCUGAAUGUGACUGGAUGCAGGAGCAGGGGUCCUCCUUGGGCUCUCUCCCUAAGUAGCAGGAUCAUGCUGAUUCUGUACCUCCUAUGCAUGUGACAGUCCAAGGUGCAGACCUAGGGAGCACUUGUACUCACACCCCCUAUAGGGAAUACAUAACCGUAGGCUCAGUCACAUUAUGGAGAGGGAAAUAAAGUAUACCUAGAGCUUUAAAAGCUGUUUUAAGUUUUUGUAGGACUGGGGGUAGGGAAUGGUGUGUGGAUGGGAGGUCGGUAUCAGCAUCACUAAAUAGUCCAAAGGUCGUCCCCUUCUUGCCUUGUUUUCCCUUUUAAUUGGAUACACUGACUUGGCCCAGGAAAGGAAGAGCUUCUCUCCUUUGAUGUUAUUAACCAACAUUUUCACAAAGUGACGGUCACCUGUCUCUGAAAGGUGGCAGGAGAUAUGAUCAAUGAUGUUUUAUUUGCACAUGAAUAUUUUAUUUUUGUAUUCUGGCUCAGCUGCUUCUCUGCGUGGAGUUAGGGAAGAGCCAUAAAGGAUUUUUGUAAUAAGUAUAUUGGCAACGCGUUUUAUACUCCUCUGCAUCUCCUGAAAGAAGGAUUGUGCAUCCUGAGAGGAGGAUGAUCAGAGCUUGAACUGCGGAAUGUUCAUCUGUGCUGCUGCUUGUGCACGAUAGCGGCCGUAGUAUCUCUCCUGGAAACGAACACCCGUGUAUGAUGUCUGUGAAUAUAGGUUUCCUUUGCUUCCCUCCUUCCUCUCUUCCUCCCUCCCUCCUCUCUUCCCCAUCCUCUCCUCGAUUUUCUUUCUUUCUCAACCCAUCCCUUUUUUAAAAAAACAAACAAAAUCACUUACUGUAAAUAAGUUGUAAUCUAAACCUCAUGUAUCAAUGGGGGACUUUCAAAUAUAAAUAUUACCAAUACA